GGCGGAUCUGCUGAGGACACACACAGAGAGAGCAGUCCAGUACUUGAGUCAGUAUGAAUGGUCCCUUCAGUCCCAGGCGGGAACCAGGACCUGACCUCUCCUGUCUGCACCAGUACAACGAGUGGCUGGCGUGCAGGCAUGAGUCCAGUCUACUGCCCAUGAAAGAAGAUCUGGCCAUCUGGCUUAACAGAAUCCUUGGUUUGGAUAUAACCGUGGAUGACUUCAUGGACAGACUAGACACUGGUGUCGUCCUGUGUCAGCUUGCAGAGGUGCUGCAAGAGAAGAUGAUUCUGGCCAGCAAUGGAAAGCCUUUUAUUCGGCGUGUGAUUCGCUGGCGGUCUGAUGCAGCCUCUGGAUCAUUCUUCGCUCGAGACAAUACUGCGAAUUUUCUGUACUGGUGCCGUAAAAUUGGAGUGGAGCAAUCACACCUGUUUGAAUCUGAAGAUCUUGUUCUUCAGAAGCAGCCCAGGGAUGUGUGCUUGUGUCUCAUGCAACUUGGGAGAAUUGCUUCAAGGUAUGGCAUUGAACCGCCUGUGCUGGUCAAGCUCGAGAGAGAGAUUGAAAAAGCCGAAGAUGAGUCUUUGUCACCAUCCAUGUAUUUCGCCUCACCUCUGCCAUCUCCCUCCACCCCACCUGUUUUUUUCCUUCCUGAUCCAGAGCCCCCUCCAACCACAACCCCCUCAUCCAUCUCCCCUCCACCAGACCCUUUUCCCUCGCCUUCUCUGGCCCCUCCCCCUCCCCCUCCCCCUCCCCCUGAGUCCACGUCCAUCUUCUCUGACUCAAACACCCAGUCAGAACCUCAACAAACUUCACCAACUUCACCAUCACCCAUUCAGACACCCAUCAAAUCAACGCCGCCCUCACCGUCAAAUGGCCUUGUGAAGACUAGAGGGAAAAAGAGCAGCGGUAACUUGCUGGAUGCCAUUGUGAAGCAGAUAUCAGAGGAUCCACCGUGCAAAUGUCCAGUCAAAUUCUGCAUCGAAAAGCAGCCAAAAGGCCAUUAUCGUGUUGGAGACAAAGUCCUCUAUGUCAGGAUGCUGAAUGAUAAACAUGCCAUGGUGCGUGUUGGUGGUGGAUGGGAGACCUUUGGUACUUACUUGUUAAAGCAUGACCCGUGUAAGAUGACUGAGGUCGCUCGGCCUGGAACCAAAACCUGCAAGCCUAACGGCAGGUCCCCAGUCAAGAGAGAGCUGUCCCGGGACAGUUAUCUGGUCGUAGGUACUCAUUCCCACUUCAAGAAGUAAUGUGACUCAGUAACUGCUAUUUCUGUUAAAUCAACUGCAGGCUGAUUUUUUAUUUUUGUCAAGGAGUGAAGCAACCCAGUUGGCUUUUUUGUUUUUUGGUCCUCAACCUUUUGGGUCUUGACUCAAAAAUGUGUCACAGGUCUGUUCUAGUUGUUGCACAGACAGCUUAUUAACAGGGUUUCACAUAAGUGGUCCGCAGGUCAGCAUGUGCGACCAAAAUAAGAAAUGGGCUGUGUAAAUUAGUUCAGUGCGUGCGUUUGCGUACCGACAUGGUUGACAGCUGUUAAUAGACAUUUAACAUUUUAGAUCGACAAACUGUACUGUAUAAGAUCUCUAUGUCAAACUGAAAGCAUAAAUCUUUAUGAUCUUUAUCUAAAGAACUAAAUGUAAAUCCAGUUCUAAAAAUAAAAGCAACUGAGAGCUACCAAUGUUAUACAGUACUUAAAUCUCUUAAAUAAUUUAUCAAUCCAAACUGUUAUACACAACAACAAAAAAAUAAAUACUGAUACACACACUGAAAUAAUUUUACAGAGUCAAGUUUUAUGACAAAAGUCAUAAAAUAAAAUUAAGCAGCACAAUGCACUUUUUAUUUGCCUAAACCGUGAAAUUAAAAAUAUUUUACAAAUCAUGGCUAGAUUUUAAACUAACAAAAAAUGUAAUAUUCAUAACAUUAUCUACUGACAUGUAUUACAUGUUCAAAUAAAGUUUUGAACUUUUUUAUAUAUAAAGGGAUGAGUUAGAAUGAUAAAUUAAAUUGUAUCUGCUCCAUAAACAGUUCUACAUAAGCUAAUGUGCAUUCUCAACACUUCUGAUAACAAGGUAGGAUAUUUUCCAUCUACCGGUUCUGUCUAUUUUGUAUUGGUCUGAACAAAAAUAUGGCAGACUGAAUGAAUUUGUACAUCAACAGUUUGAGAGCAGAGGGCGCUUAUGAACAGCAGAACAGAACUGUUUCCACGGUAACCUCUGUAAACAAAGCUGCCCUGCCUUCUAAAACAAAGUUUUAUUACUAGGGCUGUUUGAUUCCACAAUUUUUGGAAUCUAUGCCAAUUUCAAUUCCUGAUCCUGGAAUUGAUGGGAAUCGAUUCACUGUUGUUUUUGAUUCUUUUCCAAUUCUUGUUUUUUUUAGAUUGAAGAAACCUAAUCUCACCAUGAUGACUGCAUGAUAGGUCAUAGAAUGUAACCUUCCUAUAAUAUGAAGCAAGCUUUUAUUCUGGCAGGUUGCCGGUGUCAUGAGAAAUCGAGUCCCCCUUUGAAAUUGUCAGAAUAACAGCUUGCUGGUUUUAAGUUUGAAAUGACAUUAAAUAAAUAAUAAUAAAAAUAUUAGCAUUUUAUUUUUAAGUUUACUAUAAAAUAAUUGUAUUUGUAUUUAAUACAACCUUUAUAUUUUACAAUAGAAUAGUAUUAUCACAUUUUAAUAUUUAGUUUAUCAUUUCAUAAAAAAUAAAAUAAAAAAACGAAAUAAAGUGCAAUAAUCACAUUUAUUCAUUUAUUUUGUAUAUUAAUAUCUGAUGGGUCACACCAUGUACCACUGUGUGAGGACCAAACCAAAUCUCCAGCUUCUCAUAUGAGAACCAGGCUGAAAAAAACUUUUGUGCACCCCUGUUUAUUAACUUAUAAAGAGGACGAAAAUACUUUUGAAAAAAAAAAAAAUGACUACAGUACAUGAUUAUAUUAAUACAUUUCAAUGUUUACAUUUAUUUUUAAAGAACAUUUUGUUCACUUUUGUAUGGUACAAAAUGUUGGUAAUGUGCUGGGUUAGGUCACCAUUUGAUGUACAAACUGGCCUAACACAAAAGAUUAUUGACCCUUAUGUUUUAUAUAGGGUAUAUCUCCUGGGUUUGUUUGCUGAUAUACGUUUUUUUCUUUCUUUAAAUUUUAGAAGCAUAAAGGGCAUGAUCUCUGUUGAAUCAAUGACUGGGAACCCAAUAUUGAUUUACUUUAUUUUUAUUUUACUGUAAUGUUUAAUUCUGAUUUAUGGGUGUUGUAUCCUGACUGUUUGACUUUACAAAGACAUUUCUGUAAUGUUUUCUGAAUGAGGGAAUAAAGUGAACAUGUUCCGCAAAGAUCCUA